CUAAAACUCCGACACCCCCUGAAGGCAGCACGAGCGAACGCGCUCUUUGAAGUUCGGUUCUCCUUCCGCUCCGAACCCGUCCACGUUCUGAGUUUAGCAGCUGCGUUGAGUGGUUUUCUGUUGUAAUCCGGGAUUAACGACGUAAAUCUGCGGGUGUUUAGUUUGAGUUUGGGUUCGGAUGCUCACGCGCACGUGCUGAAAGACGGUCCGUGACGCGCAGUUUUCAGGAAGAAAAAACGGAUGUGUGACAAUGACCCGCGCUGAGACGCGCACCGGGCUCGGUUCGUCUCUCCGGUUCUGACUUGGCAUUUUAACGGCACAUGAGCGCCGCCAGCUGCGGCCGCGGCUCUGUUCGGUUUGUUGGACGAAACUAAAAACCGGGACGGAAACACCAGAACCAUGGGCACUCAGGGAACCGGGCGGAGAAGAUCCACUAAAAAGGAGAGGUCCACGGCAGAGGACGAUGCCUUAAACCUCAUAGCCAGAGAGGCCGAGGCCCGGCUGGCAGCGAAGAGGGCAGCCAGAGCCGAGGCCCGCGAGAUCCGGAUGAAGGAGCUGGAGCGCCAACAGAAAGAGAUCUUUCAGGUGCAGAAGAAAUAUUACGGCUUGAACACCAAACUAGACGAGCGAGUGGACCACCAAUGGGGCGAUAUUGAGCAGUGGAUGGAGGACAGUGAGAAGUACUCUCGUUCCUCACGGAUACUGACGCUGUCAGACGAUGACGAGCGGAUGUCGGUGGGAAGCCGCGGCAGCGUCCGGUCAGACCUGGACUCGGUGGGGGCGUACGGCGGGGGGGGCUCCUCGUUGCAUAAGAAGUCAAAAAGAAAGAAGAAGCAUAAACACAAAGAGAAAGAUAGGGAUGGCUGUGAUGAGGAUUACAGCGUCCUGUCCAGCAGGAGCUCCAGACUGAGCGAUGAAAGCCGGAAGUCUCGUUCCUCCAGAUUAGACCUGCAGCCGGCUUCUUUUAGUUCUUCUGAUCCGUUCGGUCUCAAAGGCCUGUCGUCUUCCAGAACCUCAGGCUCCACUUUUAAUGGUUAUCAGAGCUCCUUAUACGAGGACGUUCUGUUCAGCGCAUCCGGCAGAACCUCCAGCUCCCACCCUGUAGAGGUCUCUGGUUUCCGCAGCUCCAGAGCCUCCAGCAGGGCCAGCUCAGCCCGCACCAGUCCAGUGGAUAACUGCAGCUCUUUGGCCAGUUAUUUGAGGAGCUCUGCCAGCAGCAGCAGCGUUCCCAGAGACCUGGAGGACUUUACUAUUCCGGACUUCUGUGAAGUGGAGGAUCGGGAUUAUCAGGAAAAGGGAUCUCGAGCAGCUUCUGCCCUGACAGCGUCGACCCUCACGUCUUUAGGUGGGUCGUCUUCCCGGAGAGGAAGCAGUGAGACGGCUCUAACUGUGGAUGCUGAGAGCUCCUUACGAGAAAUCAAGGAGAUUCAUGAGCUGAAGGAUCAGAUUCAGGAUGUGGAAACCAAGUACUUGCAGAACCUAAAAGAAGUCAAGGACGCGUUGGCUGAAGCAGAAGAGAAGUACCGUAAGGCCAUGGUGUCCAACGCCCAGCUGGACAAUGAGAAGAACAACCUGAUGUACCAGGUGGACACGCUGAAGGACUCGCUGAUGGAGCUGGAGGAGCUGCUGUCAGAGUCACGUCGGGAAUAUCAAGAGAAAGUCAAGGAGUACGAGCGGCAGAAACAGGCCCACGGCGUUCUCCAGUUCCAGUUCAGUGAAGUGAAAGAGACGUUGAAGCAAAGUGAAGAGCUGCUUAACGAGAUCCGUCAGCUGCGUUUGAAACAAGACGGUUUUGUUACAGAAAUCUCCGACCUGCAGGAGACGGUGGAGUGGAAGGAUAAAAAAAUCGGGGCGUUAGAGCGACAGAAAGAAUAUACAGACGCAAUCCGAGUGGAGCGGGAUGAGCUCAGAGAGGAAGUGGUGAAGUUGAAGGACAUCCUGAAGAAACACGGAAUCAUCCUCGGACCCGACCUGAACAUCAACGGGGACGUCAGUGAAGUGGAGGUGAACGGAACGCCCGCAGCAGAACCUGCUUCCCAGGAUGCAGCGAGGACUCAGACCGAAGGCAGCAGCAUGCUCGAGGAGGCUGAGUUGAGGGGUUGCAGAGAUGAAGCGCUGGAUCCAGAGCAGCUUGAAGAAGACAAAGACAGCCUCUCAAGCCCAGAAACGCUUGUUUCUGUUGCUGAUGAGUCCAAACUAGAGACGUCCUGCAGGAAACAGCUGUCAGAGGGACAGGAGACCCGUUUAACCAGCAGAGAGGACACCAGAGACUUAGCUUUUGACAUUAAUGUCUGUUUACUUACUGAUGGUGUCAGCUGGAACCACCAGGAGGUUCUGGUUUGUUACCAGAGUGCUCCAGAUUUAACAGAACCCCAGUGUGGUACCGUUGGCACAGCCCGUGAUCUCAUCACACACGAGAUGGAUGGCAAACUGGUGGAGAGUUCUUUUAGAGACACCAAAUCACAACCAGAGGGGAGCGACGCUCGGAUCCCUAAAAGUGAAAUCUCAGUUUCAAGCUCCGACACUCAGCAAGAGCCGGAGAACAGGGACGAGGCUGAAGGAAUGCCGAGCAAACCUCAGUCCCACACUGCUUCAGGCAAGAAGAAGAAAAAGAAGAGGAAAGGCAAAAAGAAUGGAGGAGUUCCGGAAAACAAGAGCCAGCAAAUGGAGAAGGAAAAUGUUGGAUCAGCUGUGAGUAAAGGGCUGACUGAAGAACCUGGGCUUAGUGGUUCCAUUGCUGAAAGCUUAAAGGCAUCAUCGUCGGAUCAGAUCAAGAAUAGGCAGGAGAACCGAGAACCUACAGAAAGUGUUCCUCACAAAGAACCUCCUCAGGAACCGGGUGUGGAUCCAGUUUCAGACCAGCUCGGCGGAGAUGAAAUGUCGGUGUUGGAGGAGGACGAAGCUGGAACGCUCAGAGAAGAGAAUGUUGAGGAGGAUGAGGACAAGAUUCUAAAACCUGAGGAUCCCGGAUCUGCAGAAUCAGCUGAAAGCUUCACCGGUCCAGCUCCUGAAGAACUGGGGAUGGAUCCAGUUUCAGAUGAACUCUGUGAAACCAAAACUACGUCUGAUGCUGUGGGAUCUACUCAAACACUCAAGGAAGCAAGAGUGGAAUGUGCCGAAAAAGCUCUGAAGAAGGAAGAAACUUCGGAAAACGUGGAAUCAGCAGAACCUACAGGAAACUCUUCCCGUCCAGAACCUGACCAAGAACCAAUCACAGGUCCGGUUUCGGCCUUGGAGGAGGUGGGUGAUGAUGUUCUGAGUGAGGAGGAGACUAUGCAAUCAGGAGAGGCAGAGAAACCAAACCAAGGUUCCUCUGAUGUAGGAUCCGUUAAGGAACAUGUGACAGUAGAAGGAAUGGGUCCAGAACCAGAACUGGACCUCCUCAGGUCUGAAACCAAACUUGGAGAUGACGUCUCAGGAGGUGGACUCCUUCUCACCGAGUCAGAAACUGUAGAUGGACCUGAGAGCAGCUGUGAAUCAGGGGGAACCAGAUCGGAGAACACUGGUGCUCCUGGAUCUGGACCUGCAAACAUCUCUGAGAAGAAAGAAGAAAGCACGUCUCCUCCUCAUGAACAGCUGACUGAAACCUCAUCAGGAUCAGCGCCAGUGCCGGUUGGGAGCUCAGACAGCGGCUACCCUCUGACCGAUGGUCCCGAAGAGGAGGCUGGAGACAUGUCUCCCUGUCAAGAUGCUGAUGAGUCCAAACAGAACCAGGACAGAACCAAGAACAUGGAUGUGAGUGGAGGCGAUGGAGGGCGUGAGGUCCAUUCUGAGUUGAACCGCUCUCCAGAUGAGGAACGCGGUGGUUGUGUGUCCUUACCAACACAAACUCAGACCGGCGACACUAAAAAUGGUCCAGAUGGGACAGAGCGCACCGGCGAGACGGAGACCUUUGGUCCAGAAGAGGUGGAGUCCAGUUCGGAGGAACCCACUGAAGAUCCAGAGCAUAACAACGCUCAACAAAACCAGGAAAUGGACUCGUCCUUAUGUUCUCUGGCUGAGCCGGAGCAUGGAUCUGACUCUCAGACCUGUAAAAGUACCGACUCACCUCAACCCCUCCAGCUGGACGGAGAUGAGGACGAGGAGGGGGAGGAGGGGCAGUCCUUUGACUUUGAUGACUUGGACAUAGAAGCAGCAGAAGAAUCCAGUAAGUUCUAUGAUCCUAAAGAGCAGGAAGUUGAACAAGCAACUGAGGCAACCUCAGUUGACCUUUCAGAAACUCACAGAAAUGCAGAAGCAACGCCGUCUGACAGCAGGGGUCAGGAGGAGGCUCCUGAUGGAGGAAACCAGGAGGAAAACCGGAACUCUUUAACUCAGGAAGGAGCUGCAGCCGCAGAGAUGGGUGGCGCCUGUGAGGAGGAGGAAGCAGCAGAUCCAGCAGAGGAAGAGCAGAAUUCAUAUGUGGUUCAGGAGAACCUGAACCAGAAAAUCUCCUUGUCGGUCGAAGAGGGAUUAGACGCCAUCCAGCUGAAUUCAGAUUCACCAAAGAGCACGGAAGAAGCCGGUGACAACAAUGAUACCCCGCAGUCUGGGAAAGACUCCAAAAAGAGCAGCAAGAAAGGCAAAGGAAAGGGAAAAGAGGAGUGUAAGAUGUCUUAGUGCAGCGGUCCAAAGUGGGAAGAAAAUGAGACUCAAAGCACUUCGAUUUUUUUCACGUGAACUUUUGAGUUAGUUUAUUCAGAAAAGUGCAAAAAUGCUAAAAACUGUGAACGGUUUUGGUUUGAUGUAACGUCCGUCUGUCGCUUUGUUCUUUUACCACGAAGUAUUCAGGAAGUGGUUCUGGUCGAUGCUUCCGACACUUCCUGGCUGGUAUUUUCCCAUCAGAGGCUCUGGAUCAUCGUUUGCCUUUUGGUGCUCUGAAUAAAUGUGAAACGACAGUUUAAUAA